AAAAAAAAGUUUGUUUCUUUUUUUUUUUUAAUAUUUAUUUUCGUGCGGCUUAUUAUGUUUUACUGUUGUUGUCUCAGUGAUAUUAACAAAGUCUGUACCUUUUGUAAUAUAAAAGAAAAUAUCGAUUCAAGAAUUGUAUUUGAGACAGAUGAGCUAAUUGCAUUCAGAGAUCGUUCUCCAUCAGCGAAAACUCAUUUACUUAUUAUACCCAAAAAUCACAUCGAAACAGUCAAACAUCUUGAUGGAGGUGACAUAGUAUUAUUACAGAAAAUGAUUAUUCUAGGUAAAACACUAUUGAAAGAACAAGGAUAUAAUCCAGAUGAUACCACACAAGUUAGGUAGUGUCAAUCUCUUAAAAGAGAUCCUUUAUUUAUUUUAUUUUAUUUUUGUCUUCCUCAUAUUUGACGUGUUACUACUAUUGCAGGUUAGGAUUUCAUGUCCCUCCUUUUAAUUCAGUUAAUCAUUUGCAUAUGCAUGUGAUAGGUUUGCCUUUUAAAAAUAAGUAUAGGAGUUUUAAAUAUAGAUCAGGCUAUCCUUGGUAUAUUGAUGCAAAGACUGUUCUUAAUAGACUUGCUGAAGGAAUGAAUCCUGUUUAAAAUAAUAAAAUUCUGAUUGUUGUUGCUAAGUAACAUAGAGUACCUGCCAAUUAUCACCAAAAAUAAAAAAUUAAAUUGCAAAAAUAAGUCGCUC